AUGGCGACGACGACGGCGGUGAAAGUUAUAGAGGUAUGCAUGGUAAAACCGGCACCAAAUCCGCCGGAGAAGAAGCUCUCCUCCUCCUCCGACGACGAGGGUAAUAAUAAUUACCUUCCUCUCACUUUUUUUGACACAAUUUGGCUCAAAUUCCUCCCGACGAAACGACUCUUCUUCUACGAAAUCAACCAUUUAUCAUCUUAUCUUUUCUACAACACCAUUCUUCCUAACCUCAAGCAUUCACUCUCUAUCACCCUUCAACACUAUCCCUCCAUCGCCGGAAACCUCACCUGGCAUCCCGACACCGCAAACCCAGUUAUCCGUUACUCUCCUCACGGCCAUGCAGAUGGCGGCGGCGUCCUCUUCUCAGUUUCCGAGUCCCAAACCCUCGACUUUGAUUUUCUCUCCACCGACGACGAUUUCAAGGAAUCCAAACAUUUUCAUCCUCUUUUGCCCGAUCUCCAUGUUUCAGAAUCUGAGGCUAAUCUUCUUUCUUUAAAACUGACUCUGUUUCCUGGUUACGGAUUCUCCAUCGGCUACUCCGCCCAUCACGCAUCCAUGGACGGGAAGAGCACCGCCAUGUUUAUAAAGUCAUGGGCCACCAUUUGCAGACUCGGAGGAGGAGGAGCCCUUACUCCAGAACUAAUCCCCCUUCUAGAUAGAUCCUUCAUUCAUGACCCUUCAAAUAUCGCCACGAUUUUCACUCAUCAAUGGAUGGAAAUGAUUCAUGGAAAUGAAAACGAGAGAAGUUUCGUUCCAAUGGAGAUGAAGCCAGAACCAGGGAUAUUCAGAAGCACAUUCCGGUUAACUCCGGAUCAGAUAGGACAAAUAAAAGCUAUAAUAAAGAGCUCGAGACCUGUUUCUACUUUCACUGCGGUUUGUUCAUAUAUUUGGACUUGUCUGGUUAAAGCAGAGGAAGGGGAUAUAACAAAGGAGAUUGUCUAUCUGAAUAUCAACGUGGAUUGUAGAUCCCGGCUGGAACCACCGAUUCCGCCAACUUACUUUGGAAACUGCAUUGCGCAUCGGUUUGCGAUGGCAAAGGUUGAGUCUUUGAAAGGAGGUGAUGGGUUGGUGGUGGCUGCGGCGGCGAUUAGAGAGGCAAUUGGAAGCUUGGCCGGCAAUGGAGGGGUUUUGAAAGGGGUGGAAAAGUGGUUUUCGGAAGUAAGUUCAAUAUUUUGGAAUGAGAAGGUUUAUAGCAUUGGUGGGUCGCCAUUGUUUGAUUUUUAUGGGGUGGAUUUCGGAUGGGGAAGGCCGAAGAAGGUGGAGAUGGUGUCAUUUGACAUGAAUGGGUCAUUUUCUCUCUGCGAUUGUAGAGAUGGAAAUGGUGUUAUUGAGAUCGGGAUGGUGAAAUCUUUUGUUUCUUUGAGUUAG